GGAGCAAGCUUCCGCGCAACGUCACGCAUGUAUAUGCGUUAUCAUCGUCGGCCGGAAACCACAAAACAUGGGCGCUAUCUAUAUGCUACUUCUGCUAACGCUAGCAGCAACUUAUCAAGAAGUGAUAUCUAUGGGGGAAGGACCUAGAUUUUGGAAUAAUUUUCGUCCAGCUGGACGCUCCUGGCGGCCGUAUGACGAACCACCUUUCACGCAGGGAGUUCGACCCGGUAACGUCCCCGUAAACGACGGUUCGAAUUUUGGCAGCGAUUCUCAUCUUCAGCCAUACGGGGACUAUGGAAGCCAGCUGAAUAAUCCCUCCCCACAGAGAAACAAUAACAAGCCGCAGAACUACGAUCCUUACACGGGUUUCACAAGCGUCCCCGCUCGCAGGAGUCCGUUCCGGAAAGACCGGUCCACCAGAAGGUCGACCCGUAGAGAGGACAACCGCAAUAGCAGACAGACGCAGCCGCAUCCUAUCCCACAGAUCGGGCAGGACUUCAUCGCACCAGGUAUCACGUACGAAAUCGGCGGGAAGCGGUUCGACACCUCUCUGCUGCCGCGCUCGAACGCUGUGAGAAGGAGCGGCGCACUGCCGCACACGAAAGUGCUUGGCGUCGCAGCGACGAUGCGAGAGCCGAAGCUGAUGAAGAUGGACACGAGCGUGAUAUCUCCCGUGCGUGAGGCGCUGCCUCGCAGCUACAAGUUCCAGAUCAGCAACGUCGAUGAGAAGGCAAUGAGGGAGGGAGAAGCACCCAGGCCCCCGAUGACACCGCGCGGCGUCUACGACCCCUACGCUCGUACCCCCGCUCCAAGGACAACGCCGAUCCCGUUUGGACCAACUUACAACCCGUGGACGACGACGGUGACGACGACGGCGACACCGACAACGAUGCCAUCCACGGUUCCAAUUGCCGCACCUGACGCCUACCCACCGAUCGGUCAGCAGCCUGCGGUCGCUUCACCGAUGCAUGUAUCUCGCGUGAUAUUCGACAUCAACUCUGCAAUCGCGGACGCAGCAGGAGAUGGCGGGCAGCGCGGCUAUCGCUCCUGGACGCAGCCAGCGACUACGCCACGCACUCAUAGCUACUUCCACGACAUCCCGUCGUUUUUAACGCAGUCGAAUGAAGGCACGAUGGAUAGCAACUACGGAGAGUCUGCACGCGGGGACACUUCGCCAGCCAGGUGGCAGUCCCCCUACGAUUCCGAGGCCCAGCCUACGACCACGCCGCCCACGCACAGCUACUUCCACUACGUGCCGCAAUUCGUUCCGCCGCCGAGUCCGGUGCACAACUUCCGACAGCAUCGCGUUCCGUCGACCAGCUUUGGAAGGUCUCUAGUCUGGUCAGGUCGAGGCAGUGAGGCACAGACCCCUCCGGCGUCUGCCUCAUCCGACGUCUUAGACAAGUACGCUGUUCCGCUUGAGGACAUUGUGCAGGACGGUCGGCUACAUGUGCGGCUGAACCCACAGGCGCGAGGCGAUCAGAGGGUAGCAGUGCCAAUUCAGAGUGUAUUUCAGCCCGCGUCACCGUCUUAUGGCAAAUACGUAGUGCAGCAGGAGGCACCUCCAAAGAACAGCCGAGCGCAGGUACAGCCAACGGCUUACAAACAAGUGCAAGAUGGCGCCGCACAACGCACGAUGCUGCUGCUGGCGCCACCGGCUGCGGUACCAUCGACAUCAGAAUCUCCGCAGAUGGUCGACCUUAGCAACCUCGCUGCUUACGUAGCAGCCGAACUAGAUAAAUCGGACAGCAAGGACGACAGGCAUGGCGGGGCUGAGAGUCGAGGUGCGCGUACGGGAGAGCACGUUACGCUGGCGCACCCGCAGCGCGAGACUGCGCUAGCUGACGACGAGGGCUCGAAAUUCAUGCGGAUGUUGAAACGGAUGCGUCGUCACCGUCGAGUGCAGAAAGCCGAGAGACCUGUAACCAUUACUGAUCGGGGAAACGACGAGACUGCAUCGUAUAGGCUGUCUCUUGAAGACGAACAGUUAAAAUCUGAUAUGUACCAACCAUGGACGGGAUUCGGUUUUGGUAGACAGGAGCCAAAAUCCAAAAUAUUCCAGCCUAAUUCCAAUCGGGGUUAUGGUCGACAACAGCCGGAAUCCAAUACAUUUCAGGAUGAAUUCAAUCGGGGGUAUGGUCGACAGCAGCAGGAAUCCAACCCAUUCCAGGAUGAAUCCAAUCGGGGUUAUGGUCGACAGCAGCAGGAAUCCAAUACAUUCCGGGAUGAAUCCAAUCGGGGUCAUGGUCGACAGCAGCAGGAAUCCAAUACAUUCCGGGAUGAAUCCAAUCGGGGUUAUGGUCGACAGCAGCAGGAAUCCAAUCCAUUCCGGGAUGAAUCCAAUCGGGGUUAUGGUCGACAGCAGCAGGAAUCCAAUCCAUUCCGGGAUGAAUCCAAUCGGGGUUAUGGUCGACAGCAGCAGGAAUCCAAUACAUUCCAGGAUGAAUUCAAUCGGGGUUAUGGUCGACAACAACAGGAAUCUUAUACAUUCCAGCCUUAUUUCAAUCGGGGUUACUAUCGACAACAACUGGACUUCAAUCCAUUCCGGAAUGAAUCCGAUCAGGGUUAUGGUCGAAAACAGCAGGAAUCUAAUACAUUCCAGACUGAUUCCAAUCAAGAAUAUGGCCGACAACCGCUAGAAUUGAACGCAUUCCUAGACGACUCAACUCAGGAUUACGGUCGACAACUGCAGAUGUCUGAUAUAAUACUGCCCCCAUCAAGACAAGGUUAUCGUGGACAGCUACAAGAACCUAACGUGUCCCUGACGCAAUCCAAUAAGGACUAUGUUGCACCACAGCCGCAGACCGACGUGUUUCAGUUCGAAUCGAACCCGGACUACAGUGAACCUCGGCAGCAAUACGAUGUCAUCCAGCCCUCAAUGAGACCAGUCUUCGGCCAACAGCAGCGGGAGCUCGCUGCAUUGCGGCCGCAGUCGGCACGCGGCAGCGGCUACGAUUGGCUACGGUCACGAGGCAUGACGUUCGUAGUUGGACAGUCCGACAGCGGCACAGAUCAGACGCCAGACAGUACUCGUCCCAUCGACGUUCGUCCUGCCAACUCACACGCCAACAGCCGCGCCACCUCGCGGGGCAACGCGUCGCCCGCGAAAGUCGCCAGCUUCCACGUAGACGACGUCGCCGCCAACAGCCGCGCCACCUCGCGGGGCAACGCGCCGCCUGCGAACGUCGCCAGCUUCCACAUAGACGACGUCGCCGCGCAGCCGUCGGCCGACCAGCAGCUGGUGGAUCUAUCGCGCGACGCGCACUCGUACGGCAGCGUGUCGGUCCUACGUCGCGCCGACAUCGGUCGCGGCGUCGUCGGCACGCCGACGUUCCCGGACCACGUCGUCCUACAUCAGUCGCAAGCCGUCGGUGCCGCCGUCAUGUCGCCGUACAUCGACAACCCGCGCGUCUUCACGCCGACGACGAGCCGCGGCGAGCAGCAGGCGCGCUGGGCGCCGAGCUACGACGACGACGCUCGCAGCCGACAGCAGCAGCCGACGGAGCAAUCCGACUAUGAGACGGAGGCGCCAUCUUACGCUGCGGCGGCGCGGGCCGGCUAA